GUGGGGAUAGAAAAAAAACAUUAAUGGCAACCCUGUGGUAAAUUCAAGGGUUUGAAAUUGCGAUUUUCGGGAUUAUUUACUUUGUUAGCAACUGCAAUCUGGAAAUGGAACCACCAGGGUUGGAACCGGGAAUGGAUUACCCCAAAAACCCUCUUUUGUGUCCCAUUUGCCACGAUUAUUUUACCGAACCGUGCAUUUUGAGUUGCUACCAUACAUUUUGUGGACGAUGUCUAAGGGGGCGCGAACAGGACCGGCGUCUGGUUUGCCCGUUUUGCAGGCAACCAACUUUACUGAAAGAUGGGUCAAUGCUCCCACCUCCAGACACCUUAAUGCGACAACUUAUCGAUAUUGCAAAUAGCGAAAAUCCUCCUUGUUCCAAUUGUGACAAGAGGGAUAGAGCCAAUAUGUACUAUUGCAAUACCUGCGGACAAGCGUUGUGUUCACACUGCCGAGACAAUACCCAUCGGGCCAAAAUGUUCGCUGCCCAUGACGUGGUCCAUAUGACCAAAUGUACCAAAGAGCCGAAAAGGUGUCCUCAACAUGGCGAACAAUACAUCAUGUACUCAGCUCUCCAGAACUCGAUGCUCUGCGUCAAUUGUUUCCGAGAUUUGCCGAACGAAAUCCGAGCUCAGUGUGUCGACAUCGACACUGCGCAUAUUCAAGCAGCUAAAAGACUAGAAAGGGGUCAGAACGCUAUAAUGGAUUUGCAGACUUCAGUAAGAGACGGGAUAAUAGCCCUGAAGGGGCUAAUGGAUGAGCUAAGACGUAAUAUGGAUAGUGAGAAGCAUACGAUUAACACGUUUUGUCAAGGCAUGCAAGAAGCUAUGGCUAAGACGCAUGCUGCUAUGAUUAUGGAGGUUCAGAGGCAGUUUGAGAGCAAGGAGAGGAUUUAUAGAAGUCAGCUUCUAGUUCUGGGUACUGUCAUGCCAGUUCUGCAGCUCCAUUUAGUUUUAUGCACUACAUUUACUGCCGCUGCUAAUAAAUACCAGUUCCUGGAGUUGUGCCCUUCACUGAUUGAACGUCUAGCUGCUGUAGGACAACUUAGUCAACCAGUUCGCUCUUUACAAAGUUCCAACAUUAAGACUAAUUAUAGAAGUGAAUUUGCUCAAUGUUUGGAACCUUGGAUUGGGCCGGCAGCUGUGAGUCAGCACCAAACAGAACUGGCAGCAGCAUCUAGAGUGUACGACAGCGCCCCUCCAGCCACCAAGAAGCAGCAAACUGCCCUCAAAAACAAGCUCCUCGACAGCGACACCUCCUUUUCAGCACACUGCCGAUCUUUCGAAUCGCAGAUUCGUGAGCUCAACCAGCAAUUUAAUGCCGUCAAAGAGAAAGUUGGAGACUUGCAUCGCGAUAUUACAGCUUUGAGGAAAGCGCAAUCACCUCCACUCGUUGCCCGCUACGACCUACUCAUACGAGAAUGUGUUCACUUGGAUCAAAGCCUGGAAAGGCAGCAACAGGAAUUAGACAGGAUGGCUACGACGUUUGACGCUUCCUGGGAGGAGCAGUUGUGGCGGUUGAGGGUUGAACAGGAAGUGUUCAGUUGCCAGAGAGCUGACGUUAUGACUUUGAGAAAUGAGCUGAAGCAUUUGAGUCAGCUGGCUGGACAGUUGGAGCCUUAUAUAAGGAAUUUGACUCCGGCUCAGCAGUCGACCCAGGGUGACUCGGCUGCCGAGCAGAGCAAGCAGAUGCAAGCCCUGUUGGAGCAUUUUAGUGUUUUACAGCAAGCCGACGCCAGUUUAGGUAAAAUUCCGCGCUCCAGAUCCAGAGUUUUGGGCCAGCUCUUCGAAAAAGUCCGUCCUAACAUUCAAGAACGCGAAAGAAGCAAAUCUGCUGGCCAAUCCGACAAGCCUUUAAGUACCCCUAUAAAACCGAAAAAAUCGUUUCUUCAAAGCACCCAUCAAAUGAACAUUGAGCGCCUCGAAACCCAACUUAAAGAAAAACUCCAUGACAUGGUCUGUCGUAGACAAUCCGCAACAUCUCAGUCAAAAUCCGAUCCUGAAACGGAACGAAAACUGUCAAAAACCGAAUUAAAAUUAAGCAAAACGGAUCUAGAUUCCAUAAACAAACUCGGUACUAAUAAGCGGAUCAUGUACAAGAAGAUUGGCAAAAGUUGUGAUAAGAUCAAUUGCAGCAAGUCUGAUAGCGAAGUGAAGAAACGCACUGAAUCGGACUACCAGAGAAUUUCCGACGCUACCACAAGCCAGAGCGUCAAAGCUCUAGUCCAUAAAGAAACGCGCUCCACCCCCGGCAGCCCCAAAUGUAAAAACAAAGCAAAACCACCCGCUAAACAAAGAAAGCCUAAAGUUUACCCUUACAGUGAUGGCGAAGACAACGUCUUCUACCCGCUUCAUGAUUCGGCGGACUCGUUAAGCACCUCUAGCAGAAGAUCGAGCUUUGAAGGUGCCGACGAUAAGAUGAUGGUUUUGGUGAUCAACAAACGCGAGAAUAUGAUUGCGCAAAAGCAGAGGAGCUGGGAAACUUUUCCUCCCAAGCGCCGCCAUCACAUAUGCCAUAAGUUGUCGGCCCCUAACCCUAUGCCUUUGAGGAAAGCAGAUAGUUUCGAAGGACACGAAGAAGCAGUCAAGAGUUUGGUGGCGGCAGUGCAAGAGACUAGAAGGAAACCGAAAAGCAAUUAACCAAGGCGGUACACGUACGAGGGGUUGCUGCUGUACUGUGUUUGGGAUUGAGGGAGGGGGUGGAAUUUUAGGCCUAAUUUACUGUCAACGGUUACCCCGUUGGCACCAAUAUACUGUAUACUGCGUCUUCUAGACUUGUUUCAUGUUGCAAAUAAUCCGUGUAGUUUAGCGCUGUUGUUCUUUAGAGGUAGACUUUCGAAGUAUGUACGAAAAACUUAUGAUAGUGUUCGAGUUAUUAUUGUAUUGUUAAUACUGUAAUAAACGGAAUU